AGAAUAUAUAUUAAUAUGGGCGAUAAUAUGCAGUUGCCGGGCUUCCGGUUUCACCCCACCGAAGAAGAACUCCUCGAUUUCUAUCUCAAGAAUAUGAUCACCGGCAACCAGCUCUGCCUCGACAUCAUCCACUUCCUCAACAUCUACCUCCAUGAUCCCUGGGAUCUCCCCGCCAUGGCCAAGGUCGGCGAGAGAGAGUGGUAUUUCUUCGUGCCCAGAGACAAGAAGCAGGGAGGCGGCGGACGCCCCAACCGCACCACCCAGAAGGGCUUCUGGAAGGCCACCGGCUCCGACCGCAAGAUCCUCAGCCACUCCCAUCCGAAGCGCCUCAUCGGCCUCCGCAAGACCCUCGUCUUCUACCAGGGAAGGGCUCCCCGCGGCUGCAAGACCGACUGGGUCAUGAAUGAGUACCGCCUCCCUGACACUCUCAACUUCCCCAACAAGGACGCCGUAGUUUUGUGCAAGAUAUACCGAAAGGCAACAUCCUUGAAAGUGUUGGAGCAGAGGGCGUCGCUGUGCGAGUCCUCCUCGUCGUCCAUGGCCACCAAGACGGAGAAAACGGAAGAAACCGUGGAGCUGGCGGCGGUGCCUAAGCUGAGCCUGCCGGAGCUGAAAUUACCCAUGAACACAGGGUGGAGCCAGGACCCGUCCUGGCCUCAAAUAAACAGUCCUUGGCUCCAGUGUUUCACUCCUCUCACCAUUUCCAACCUCUUAAAUUGUUAACCCCGCCGCUUUAUUUCAUUGCAUGUGCAUCUGUCGUCCUCCCAUUCUAUCUGCUCCAUCUUGUUUUUACAGUUGAUAUUACAUGGAUUCGAUGGAUCUCAUUGAUCCAAGCAGCUCCAUGUUUUUGAAUCUAUGUACGUACAAGACUAUAACCAUAUAUACCUGUAACGAAAUGCCUACAUAUCUGCAAUUUGCAAACUUAAUUACUAUCUUCGGUUCUAUUAAUAAAACCUCGUUUGUAGAAUAUAAACGAGGUUUUAUAAAUAGGAGCAGAGGUAGUAUUUGUGAGUGUGGCAGCGCUUCGAGUGUUUCGUCUGCAAUUGCUAUGAAUGUUGAGUGGAUACUCUAUCUCAAAACACACAAAGCUGGAAUGAAUUCAAUUCUGUGUCACCUGAAUGGCAAAAAAUGAACAAGUAUACACAUCUCAGCACCUUUUUUUUCAUCUAA